CGAGCAGGCGGGGCUCGGCGUGAGCGGGGAGGCCUUUCCGGGCCUGCGGCGGCCAGCGCAAAAUGCGGCGGUGGCCGCGCUGAGUCCCGACCUCCGGGAGCGCGCUGGGACGAAGUGGUCCGCGCCGCGGCCGCCUAGGCGACAUGUCUGCGGCCAAGGAAAACCCGUGCAGGAAAUUUCAGGCCAACAUCUUCAACAAGAGCAAGUGUCAGAACUGCUUCAAGCCCCGCGAGUCGCAUCUGCUCAACGAUGAGGACCUGACGCAGGCUAAACCCAUUUAUGGUGGCUGGCUGCUCCUGGCUCCUGAUGGCACUGACUUUGACAACCCAGUGCACCGAUCUCGGAAGUGGCAGCGACGAUUCUUCAUCCUGUAUGAGCAUGGCCUCCUGCGCUACGCCCUGGAUGAGAUGCCCACCACCCUCCCUCAGGGCACCAUCAACAUGAACCAGUGCACCGAUGUGGUGGAUGGGGAGGCCCGCACGGGGCAGAAGUUCUCCCUCUGCAUUCUGACACCUGACAAGGAACAUUUUAUCAGAGCAGAGACCAAGGAGAUCAUCAGUGGGUGGCUAGAGAUGCUCAUGGUGUAUCCCAGAACCAACAAGCAGAACCAGAAGAAGAAACGGAAAGUAGAGCCACCCACCCCACAGGAGCCUGGGCCUGCUAAGAUGGCUGUCACGAGCAGCAGUGGCAGCGGCAGCGGUAGCAGCAGUAGCAGCAUUCCCAGUGCUGAGAAAGUCCCUACCACCAAAUCCACGCUCUGGCAGGAAGAAAUGAGAGCCAAAGACCAGCCUGAUGUAAACAGCCUGACUCCAGCUCAGAGUCCCAGCCAAAGUCUGCCUCCUGCUGUUUGUACCCCACGGGAAAUAGGGCUAGAAAGCAAAGAAGAUGAAAGCACCGUGAGUGGGGACCGUGUGGAUGGUGGUCGGAAAGUACGGGUAGAGAGCGGCUACUUCUCCCUGGAGAAGGCCAAGCAGGACCUGAGGGCUGAGGAGCAGCUGCCCCCACCACUCUCCCCACCCAGCCCCAGCACCCCACACAGCAGGUAUGGUUGUCCUGGAUCGCCUUCACAGGAACUCGGCCACCCCCUUCAUUCCCCAGGUCUUCCAGCCCCAAGCCGUAAGAUCUACAGCAUCUGCCCAGAGAGCCUGGGUGAAACCAGCAGGCCACCCAACCACAUGGACUCCAGCAAUGCUGGGGGGUGGGGAACAGAGAUACUGGGGAGCACCUUUGCCUUUAAAGCCAGCAGGCAGUAUGCCGCCCUGGCCGACGUCCCUAAGGCCAUCCGGAUCAGCCAUCGAGAAGCCUUCCAGGUGGAGAGAAGGCGGUUGGAGCGUAGGACUCGGGCCCGAAGCCCUGGCAGGGAAGAGGUGGCCCGUCUGUUUGGCAACGAGAGGAGGAGGUCCCAGGUAAUUGAGAAAUUUGAGGCCUUGGACAUUGAAAAGGCAGAGCACAUGGAAACCAACAUGCUGAUUAUGACCACUCCAUCAAGCGACACUCGUCAGGGCCGCAGUGAGAAACGGGCCAUCCCUAGAAAGCGGGACUUUGCCAGUGAAGCCCCCACAGCUCCUCUCUCAGAUGCUUGUCCCCUGUCUCCACAUCGAAGAGCCAAGUCAUUGGACAGGAGGUCCACAGAAUCCUCCAUGACGCCUGACCUACUGAAUUUCAAGAAAGGCUGGUUAACCAAGCAAUAUGAGGAUGGCCAGUGGAAGAAACACUGGUUUGUCCUGGCUGAUCAGAGCCUGAGAUACUACAGGGAUUCCAUGGCUGAGGAGGCAGCUGACCUAGAUGGAGAAAUUGACUUGUCUACCUGUUACAAUGUCACCGAGUAUCCAGUCCAGAGAAACUAUGGCUUUCAGAUACAUACCAAGGAGGGUGAGUUCACCCUGUCAGCCAUGACAUCUGGCAUACGACGGAACUGGAUCCAGACUAUUAUGAAACAUGUGCUCCCAGCAUCUGCCCCAGAUGUGACCAGCUCAUUGCCUGAGGAAAAGAAUAAAAGCACAUCCUCUUUUGAGACCUGCCCAAGGCCGAAUGAGAAGCAAGAAGCUGAGCCAGGAGAGCCAGACCCUGAGCAGAAGAAGAGCCGUGCUCGAGAACGGAGGCGGGAGGGCCGCUCCAAGACGUUUGACUGGGCUGAAUUCCGACCCAUCCAACAGGCCCUGGCUCAAGAAAGGGCCAGCACUGUGGGGUCCUCUGAUGCUGGUGAACCUGGGCGUCCUGAAGCCGAGCCAGGUGAGCUGGAGCGCGAGCGAGCUCGACGGCGAGAAGAGCGCCGCAAGCGCUUUGGGAUGCUGGACACUGUUGAUGGACCAGGUGUGGAGGAUACAGCCCUACGUAUGGACAUAGACCGGAGCCCAGGGCUCCUGGGACCCCCUGACCUCAAGACACAGAAUGUCCAUGUGGAAAUUGAGCAGCGGUGGCACCAAGUGGAAACUACCCCUCUCAGGGAAGAGAAACAGGUGCCUAUUGCCCCUCUGCACCUAUCCUUGGAAGACAGAAGUGAGCGGCUCUCCACACAUGAGCUCACCUCUCUUCUAGAGAAAGAGCUGGAGCAGAGCCAGAAAGAGGCCUCGGAUCUUCUAGAGCAGAACCGACUUUUGCAGGACCAGUUAAGGGUGGCCCUGGGCCGAGAGCAGAGUGCCCGGGAGGGCUAUGUGCUGCAGACUGAAGUGGCCACCUCCCCAUCGGGUGCCUGGCAGAGGCUCCAUAGAGUCAACCAAGACCUCCAAAGUGAGCUGGAAGCUCAGUGCCGACGGCAAGAGCUCGUCACACAGCAGAUUCAGACCCUGAAACAUAGUUAUGGGGAGGCCAAGGAUGCAAUCCGGCAUCAUGAGGCUGAGAUUCAAACCCUGCAAGCAAGACUUGGUAAUGCAGCUGCAGAGCUGGCCCUUAAGGAGCAGGCUCUAGCCGAGCUCAAGGGCGAGCUGAAGCUGGAGCAGGGUAAAGUACGUGAGCAACUGGAGGAAUGGCGGCACAGCAAGGCCAUGCUGAGUGGUCAGCUGAGGGCCAGUGAGCAGAAACUCAAAAGUACAGAAGCCUUGCUGCUAGAGAAGACACAGGAACUGAGGGGCCUAGAAACACAGCAGGCAUUGCAACGGGACCGACAGAAGGAGGUGCAGAGGCUGCAGGAAUGCAUUGCUGAGCUCAGCCAGCAGCUAGGUACCAGUGAACAGGCCCAGAAUCUGAUGGAGAAGAAGUUGAAGAGGAACUAUACACUAUUGCUGGAGAGCUGUGAACAAGAGAAACAGGCACUGUUGCAGAACCUGAAAGAGGUAGAGGACAAGGCCAGUGCCUAUGAGGAGCAGCUACAAGGCCAUGUGCAGCAGGUAGAGGCUCUCCAGAAAGAGAAACUGAGUGAGAAAUGCAAGGGCAGUGAACAGGUGCAGCUGCUAGAGGAAGAGCUAGAGGCCCGGGAGGCCAGCAUCCGCCAGUUAGCCCAGCACGUACAGAGCCUCCAUGAUGAACGGGAUCUCAUCAAGCAACAAUUCCAAGAGCUCAUGGAACGUGUGGCCACAUCUGAUGGGGAUGUGGCUGAACUCCAAGAGAAGCUGAGGGGAAAAGAAGCUGACUACCAGAACCUAGAGCACUCACACCACAGGGUCUCUAUCCAGCUACAGAGUGUGCGCACUCUACUGAGAGAAAAGGAAGAGGAGCUCAAGCACAUUAAGGAAGCACAUGAAAGAGUCCUAGAAAAGAAAGACCAAGACCUCAAUGAGGCUUUGCUUAAAAUGAUUGCCUUGGGCAGCAGCUUAGAGGAAACAGAAAUUAAGCUGCAGGAAAAGGAAGAGUGUCUAAGGAGAUUUGUAAGUGAUUCUCCAAAGGAUGCCAAAGAGCCUCAGAGUACGACAGAGCAAACAGAGGACGGUGGCAUUUUGCCACUAGGCUCAGUCACCAGAGUAUUUCCAGGCUUUCUCCACUCACAGCCAGAGGAUGAAGACCCAGGUGCUGGCCAGGGGGAAGAGUGUAGCAGUGGUAGCCCAAGCAGAGAGGAGAACAUGGUAGCCCCAAAGUCUGCAGAUGUGCCUGACAGGGAGGGGCAUUUGCAAUGCUCCUCUAAGUCUGACCAGGGAGCACCUUUGAAAAGGCCAAGAAUCCGGUUCUCUACAAUCCAGUGCCAAAGAUACAUACACCCUGAGGGGUGUGCAAAGGCCUGGACUAGCAGCACAUCAUCAGACACCAGCCAGGACCAGUCACCCUCAGAGGACAGUGUGUCCUCAGAAGCUACCCCUAGCACACUCCCUGCAGCUGCAGAUGCUGAAACAUACAUCUCUAUAAUCCACUCCCUGGAGACAAAGCUCUAUGUCACAGAGGAGAAGCUCAAAGAUGUGACCGUGAGGCUGGAGAGCCAGCAGGGCCAGAGUCAGGAGGCAUUGCUCGCAUUGCACCAGCAGUGGGCUGGCACUGAGGCGCAGCUGCGGGAGCAACUUCAUGCCAGCCUGCUACAGGCAAGUGCGCUGGCUUCUCAGCUAGAGCAGGAGAGACAGGAAAAGACCACAAACAUCGAGCACCACUCUGAAGAGCUGGAAGACUUCCAAGUCAAAAAUAGUCAGGCCUUGACAUGCUUAGAAAACUGCUGGAUAAAACUAAGGUCUCUGCCAUUUGCUGACCAGGAGGAGGGACAGGAUGCAUGUGCAGCUUCCCUGGCUAACAUAGAGAGUAUGCUUGUGAGUGCUAUAAAAGCCCUUCAGCCAUGGGCAUCCCCCAUAGACAGCAGGGCACAGACUCAGCAAGAGAAGGGACACCCCAUGGAAAGUGGCCCGGCAACCACUGUGCAGCAGCCCUGCCAGCCCAUAUUGAAUGAGCAGGAACAUAGGAAGCUGCUUUCUGCUCAGAUAGUCCUGGAGGCCUCACUUAUCAACCAAAUAGCUGACUCUCUAAAGAAUACCACUUCAGAUGUGUAUGGUGUUCUCUGUGAGCUUACUCAGUCAGGGGAGUGGCCACUGAAGGAAGAAAGUGCUGCCCUCUCUGUUGGGGCUCCAGUGGAGAUCUGGGCCAAGAAGGUACUGGUGAAUGGUGAGUUCUGGAGCCAGGUCGAGUCCCUAAGUAAGCACCUAGGGACACUGGGAGAAGAAACAGCCUGCACGUCAGGAGACAGGCAGCAGCAUAUUCCCAAAAGUCUGGCUGAUGCCACAUGGAUUCGUGCAGAGCUCAGCUAUGCCACACAGUCAUUAAGAGAAUUGUUUCACCAUAGGCUACAGAGCAUACAGGAGACCCUACAGGGGACCCAGGCAGCCCUACAGCAGCACAAAUGCAUGCUGGGAGAAAUCUUGGGAGCCUACCAAACCCCAGACUUUGAAAGAGUAAUACAGCAGAUCUUAGAAACCCUCAGGCAUCCAACUGGCAGGGAGGACCAGGUGCAAACAUCCUGGGACCAGAGCCCAUUAGGAGAGGUGCUGAAGCCAGGCAUGGAGGGCUCCCAAGAGCCCUUGCAGGCUUUCCAUCAGAGCCCUGAAGUCCUUGCUGCCAUUCAGGAUGAGCUGGCCCAGCAGCUGAGAGAAAAAGCUAGCAUCCUUGAGGAGAUUUCAGCUGCCUUACCAGCUCUGCCUCCUACAGAGCAACUUGGGGGUUGCCAAAGGCUUCUGCAGAUGUCCCAGCAUCUCUCGUAUGAUGCUUGUCUAGAGGGCCUUGGUCAGUAUUCUUCAUUACUGGUUCAAGAUGCAAUUAUUCAGGCUCAAGUGUGCUAUGCAGCAUGCAGAAUUCGACUGGAAUAUGAAAAGGAGCUGCGAUUUUACAAGAAGGCCUGUCAGGAGGCUACAGGAGGCUCUUGCCAGAAGCGUGCACAAGCGGUUGGGGCCCUAAAGGAGGAGUAUGAAGAACUUCUCCACAAGCAGAAGAGUGAGUACCAGAAAGUGAUCACCCUCAUUGAAAAGGAAAACACUGAGCUCAAGGCCAAGGUGAGCCAGAUGGACCAUCAGCAGAGAUGUCUACAAGAAGCAGAAAGCAAACACAGUGAAAGCAUGUUUGCCCUGCAGGGCAGGUAUGAGGAGGAGAUUAGGUGCAUGGUGGAGCAGUUGAGCCACACCGAAAAUACACUGCAGGCUGAGCGUAGCCGGGUUCUCAGCCAGCUAGAUGCUUCAGUCAAAGACAGGCAGGCCAUGGAACAGCAACACGUACAGCAAAUGAAGAUGCUGGAGGACAGGUUCCAGCUGAAGGUCCGGGAGCUGCAGGCUGUCCAUCAGGAGGAGCUGAGGGCCUUGCAGGAACACUAUGUAUGGAGCCUGCGGGGAGCCCUCAGCCUCUGCCAACCUUCACACGCAGACUCCCCACUGGCCUCCAGACCAUCUGAGCCCAGAGCUGUGCCAACAACCAAGGAUGAGGCCGAAUCCAUGACAGGACUGCGAGAACGCAUCCAGGAGCUGGAGGCCCAAAUGGAUGUCAUGCGAGAAGAGCUGGGCCACAAAGAGCUGGAGGGUGAUGUGGCCACCCUGCGGGAGAAGUACCAGCGGGACUUUGAGAGCCUCAAGGCUACAUGUGAGCGAGGCUUUGCUGCCAUGGAAGAGACACACCAGAAGAAGAUUGAAGACUUACAGAGGCAGCACCAGCGAGAACUGGAGAAGCUGCGGGAGGAAAAGGACCGCCUCCUGGCUGAGGAGACAGCUGCCACCAUCUCAGCCAUUGAAGCCAUGAAGAAUGCUCAUCGGGAGGAGAUGGAACGGGAGUUAGAGAAGAGCCAGCGGUCUCAGAUCAGCAGCAUCAAUUCGGACAUUGAAGCCCUGAGGCGGCAGUACCUGGAGGAGCUGCAGUCGGUGCAGAGGGAGCUGGAGGUCCUUUCGGAACAGUACUCCCAGAAGUGCCUGGAGAAUGCACACUUGGCCCAGGCGCUGGAGGCCGAGCGGCAGGCCCUGCGGCAAUGCCAGCGUGAGAACCAGGAACUCAAUGCCCACAACCAGGAGCUGAAUAAUCGACUGGCUGCGGAGAUCACACGGUUGAGGACACUACUGACUGGAGAUGGUGGUGGGGAAACCACUGGGUUGCCACUCACACAGGGCAAGGAUGCCUACGAAUUAGAGGUCUUGUUGCGGGUCAAAGAGUCAGAAAUACAGUACCUGAAGCAAGAGAUCAGCUCCCUCAAGGAUGAACUCCAGACAGCCCUGCGGGAUAAGAAGUAUGCUAGUGACAAAUACAAAGACAUCUAUACAGAGCUCAGCAUUGCGAAGGCCAAAGCUGACUGUGAUAUCAGCAGGUUGAAAGAGCAGCUGAAAGCAGCCACAGAGGCCCUGGGAGAGAAAUCUCCUGAGGGCACUGCUGUGUCAGGAUACGACAUCAUGAAAUCUAAAAGCAAUCCUGACUUCCUGAAAAAAGACAGAUCCUGUGUUACCCGGCAACUCAGAAACAUCAGGUCCAAGUCCGUAAUUGAGCAGGUCUCAUGGGAUAACUGAGUCGCGCCCGCUUCCAAGUCCCCUGUCGUGUAGAGUCUGAAGGAAGGCCUGACGGUGCAAGAGCGCUUGAAGCUCUUCGAGUCCAGGGACUUGAAGAAAGACUAGCUGCGUCCUGAUCCACCUGACACGUCCUUCCCAGCUGGUGGCAGCACAAGCCCAGUGUGGCUUUCAUCUGCAUCUGUGCUUUGCACUGCUGCCAUCAUGAACUGUGGGUAUGGAUGCAUGAGAGACUGCUGUGUGGGGCAUUUGCUCCAUCCCCUUCCCUGUUGAUUCCGGCUUCCAUUGUCUGUCUUUAUCACAGCUUUCUCCCCAUGGUAUUCUCAGAGUAGUCCCGCUCAAGCAGUAGUGGGAGGGCUUCCCCACUGACGUCUGAGCGGGACCCUUUUGUCCUCCCACCACACUCACUGUCAGUAUUAAGGCACAGCAGCCUGUUAAUAAGCUAGCCCAGCCUCAGAGUAUACACGGGACCUGCCAGUGGCUCUGCUGUACCGCACCCAGCUGAGCACCACCCCGGCCGGUGAGAACAGAGCCACUGUGAAUGUUCUAGUCUGCCCUGGCUGUUGAGGGGCCGUGGAUAGUGUCCGGCCUGUCCCCACUUCCUUUUGACCUGGGAGGACAGCAUUUUAUAUCUGGCCCACUGAUGCAGCUUAGAACCAUACCCCAGAUAAUCCUGGCAAAUCUUUCACAACCUGGAAAUGUUGAAAGCAAGCAUUCCUAUUUUGGUUUUUUAUUAAAUCUUGCACAAAAGCCCCGGCCCCUCUCAUUCCUUCCUCCGCUCGUGCCUCCCUUGCCUUUCUAAUCCUGGUCCUAUGCUGGCUGAGAAUGGUGGCUUACAGCCUGCACCUUCAGGCUUGUCAAGUGUGACCCUCCUCCCCUGGGUCAUCUAGAGGGACAGAUUGCUGGGUUUUAACCUGUCUGAAAAGAAGUUAUCAGGGUUCCUUGGGAAAGGGAUGAGAGGAGACCUGUGUGUGUGAAGACAGGGCUGCUAAGAAUAGCAGCAUGUGCUCAGGACUGAUUUGUCUGAGCUCUAGAAGGUUCCCUUGAAGUGUCUGCUUCUCAUGGAGCCGUUAACAAAGGAGACUGUGCUAACAAGUUUUUCUAGCUAGCUUAGUAGGACUGUUUUUUUUUGGGGGGGUUUACGAGGCAGGGUUUCUCUGUAUUGUUUUGGAGGCUGUCAGUCCAGCCCGGCCUCGAACUCACAGAGAUCCGCCUGCCUCUGCCUCCCAAGUGCUGGGAUUAAAGGCGUGCACCACCACCGCCCAGCUGAAUAGGACUUUCUUACUUCUCAAAGCAUCCUACAGUGUUUUCUUUUUAAAAAGAAAAACAACUUAGAGGUUUCUGUUCUCAUUUAAAACAGCAUUCAUACCAUAAGAUGCAGCAUACCCAAGAGCCCCGUGUCAGAUGGGAGAAUCAGUGGCUUCACAAGCAGAUCCCACUGUCCUGAGUCCCAGGUCUCUGGCUUGAGUUUCCACUUUGUUAGUGUUGAAUCAGUCCGAUGGUCUCUGGGUGCACAAAUUCAACUCAUGUAUGAAUCCCCUCCAUCAGUUCUACAUGAGUUGAUGUUCAAGGUCAUCCAUAGUGUCCAGCUGGCCUUGAAGUAGACAGGCAGAACCCCAAGAUAACUGCUUAGUGGCAUAUGUAAGUGUGCCACUGUCCCACAGGCAAGCCCUUGGGCUUAAGUUCCUCAUUGGCACAUGCUAGGAGCUGUUGCUGAAACAGUGUUUUGAGCUCAGAGUGGGCCAUGGUAGCAUGUGCGUGGCUGGGAUGCAGAGGCUGUAGUUGCGUUGAGGACUACUGUUCUCUCUGAUGUGCUUCCUUUGCAACUGUCCUGCUGCCCUUGGGACCCUCUGGCCCCAGUGAAAUCAUCUCCCUGACGUGCCACAGUGCCUUCUCAAGAUGCCAAGCCUACAUUUAUUUUUUGCUCUUCACCUCAGAACCCUCAGAUAUAAUACCUGGGAAUCAGAGGCAAGAGCUGGGAGAUAAGCUGCACCUAUUGCAUCUGCCACGCAAGCUCUUACUGAAGGCUCGCUUUUGCCAUUACAGCACACUCCGCCUAGGGCUUAUUUCCUGUGUGGUGUGUUGGCCAGAUACUGAACUGGCACAGUACAGGGAUGCCUGGAUCAUCUCCCACUGCCCAGGCCACCUUGAACAGUAACACGUGGAUCGGGGUGCAUCUUGUUUCUUGGCAAUGACUUCCAGCAGAAGUGAACCAGGAAAGAAGCUAGUCUUCUGUGUCCCUGGUGGCCAUGCAUGCCCACUGCAGCUUUUUACUUUGGACUGCUGCUGUCCUAUGUCAAUUCCCUUACCCCAGGCUGUGCAGGGCUCACUUUUGCCUGACCUCCUUACAGGCAUCCCAUUCCCUGGAAAGGAGGUGAAGUUGGUGUAUUCCAGAGAAAAGAGGCAUCAGAUGUACAAGUAGAGGAAGAUGCUUGGUUGAGAUUGGGUUGUGUAGAUCAAGAAACUUCAAGCAGUUCCCAGCCCAAUCAGUAGCAUGCUUUCCCCAUUUCAUGGUGGGAGCAGCAUUAAAAUGAAUAGGCUUCAGAAUUUUAUUCUCUUAUAAAUAUACACAUUUGGCCGGGCGUUGGUGGUGCACGCCUUUAAUCCCAGCACUCGAGAGGCAGAGGCAGGUGGAUCUCUGUGAGUUCGAGGCCAGCCUGGUCUACAGAGCGAGUUCCAGGACAGCCUCCAAAGCCACAGAGAAACCCUCUCAAAAAACAAAAUAAAUAAAUAAAUAAAUAUACACAUUUGUAAUCUGCCAGCACAUCUGCAAGCAAACUGCCAUUACAGGGAACCUACUUGUCAUCAUAUGACAGCUUUUGUGAACACAUGCUUAAAUUAUAUCUUGCACAUGUGUGGUGCCCAGCACCUGAGCAGAGAGCACAUUUGUUACACAAGGCUGCAGAUUUUCUAGUAUUGUGGUGUCCACAGAGCCAGGGCAAUAAUGGGAGGCCCAUUGUUUCAGGGAGGCCAGAGGAGGCCAGGGCCCUCAUGAAGUAAGGAAUCGCCAGAGGAAGAAGGUUGGGAAUGUAUGCAUUCACUGAGGGAAACCUAAGGCCAGAAUUGAAUCUGCUGGAUCCAACAGCAGAGCACUCAACUGGGUGUAGUGGUAUUUGCCUAUGCUCCAAGUCCUGGGCUAUGUAAAAGAGCUCUGACUCAAAAUACAGACAGGCUAAGGUUGUAUAUAUAGCUUAAUAAUGGUAGAGCACCCACCUAGUACGUGUAAGACCUAGUGUCCAACUACAGCACUACAAAGAGCACACUUGUGAACUUCAGAACAUGUGUCGAAAAGGAGCCUGAGAAAGUUGACCAGGAAACAAAACUGGUGGGAAAGAUAUUUGAUGGGAUGUGUGUUACUGUUAACUUCCCUACAAAGGAAGAUGGCACACUGUCUUCUACCCUGGAACUGCAGAGAACUGAACACACUCGUCAUUGCUGACAGCUAGCUGAUACUGAGGGAAGUGACUGGAUACCACACAGCCUGCACUGUUUGUGUGGACCUGGGCAUCAGUCAGUGCAGAGAUUCCUGCAGUCCUGUUCCACACACCAAGUGGUCUUUCUCCUGACCUCUAACCAUACCCUGGCUCCCAAAACAGGCUGGAUAAGCACACAGGCCCCAUGCAACUAACAUCAGGGAGAACUCUGGGGUCCCCACUCCUGCCUCCACAUGAGUAUCCCAUACAAGCUGCACACCCAAACCACAGACUCUGCUGAUGGAGGGGACAUCAGUUACCUCCCAGCUGACUGGCCUACACCAAAAACAAGAGGGUUAGCUCUUGUUGGUAGGCUGUAAAUGUCACCUUCCCAGCCUUCCUCAUGGGAGCUCCCAGCAUACAACAGGCCACUCAGCCUUUCCUGUAACUCAGAGCAAGUAGUGGUUAAGUAUUUGAGACAUGAUACAGGGAUUUCAGUGCAAAGUUUGAGUUUUUAAAACAUCUUAUCUAGACACCCUUUUAGGAGGUGUGGAGGGCAGUGCUGGAUUCAGUGCAAAUCCCACUCAGACAUCAGAAUACCUGGAGUUAGCUAGGUGUGGUGGCUCACAUGUUUAAUCCUGCACUUAGAAGGCAGAGACAAGCUAAGUUCAAGACCAGCCUGAUCUACAUAGUGAGAUCCAGAAGAAUCAGAGCUACACAGCAAAACCCCAUCUAAAAAUAAAACAACCCAAAAAACAGAAGACUAAGUUAAUAACCACUGUUUUAAAGUUUUUGGUUACUUGACAGAUGCUUUGCAGGCUAUCCCCUUAACCCAUACUCAUGGCAAGCCCUUAGCAGUGCCCUGGAUGCUACUAAAAGCAUUCUGAGACUGGUAGAGCCAGCCACUCAAGGAAAACCAGGAAUAUGAGGACCUUUUGGCACCCAGCCUUCAGGCUUCUUAGUGUAAUUUUUGUUAGGGGAACUGGCUGGGGCUAUAAGCUGCUUCCGGCCCAGGUGCCUAGCUUCUGACAGAACUGUGGGGCUGGACUGUGUGCAGAGCAACCUGACCACCAGUCUCUUAUCUAGCUCCCUGGCUGUAUCUCUCUGACACUGGUAAGGAGCUAGCCCAUCAGGAGAGAGUUUUAAAAACUAGACAGUCCAGAACUGAAAGACUUCAAGGCCUCUUCAAGUUCUGUGGGUCAUGAGUGAGUGUAGCAGCUUCCAUGGUGGGGCAGGGCUCCAUAGCCAGCAUUUGCCAUAAAGAAGUGCAGUUGUAAGAAUCCUAGCUGACACAGCCCACUCUAGCUUGCCAGUCAACAUGCUCUUGGCUCAUCUCUCCUUUAGAAAUUAGUCUUACCACACAUCCGAUUUUAUUUUAGCUAGGAAUUGUAAAGAACACUAAAUUCACUAUUAGUUUCUAUCACAAACUUCAAUUUAAAUCGAUUUUAAAUCACUUUAAGAUUUAACUUUGGUUUUAAUGCCAGGAUUCAAAACCAGUUCUGUGGGUAAUUAAACAAUGUGACUUUCUGUAGGUGUGCUAUGUAGAAUAGUAAGCAUCCCAGUUACAGUGGCUCCUUGACAAUCAGAACUCUAGGUGACCUUCCAUGACAACUGCUUGACUGGGCUGGGGUGCGUGUCAUCUUGUAGGCCACUUUGCGGCAGUCACAGGCUUGUGCCAUCUCACCUGGUAUUGAGUUUCUGUUCUGAUACAAUCAGUCUGGUUGCCAGACUAAAAGUUACGUGUACAAAAAAAUGGAGCCAGGGAGGCUGUGAGCACAGCUGCCAGAACCAGUUUAGGCCUCAGUGUAUGUGCAUAGGGUGUGGCCUUCCUGCAGAUAAAGUGUCCCCUAAACUCCUCAUUCAAACAUUUUAUGGUUUAGUGUGAGGUGUUUCCUACAAAGUUUGUGGUCAGGUGUUCACUAUAAUUGAAAUGUUAAUUUGUAGAAAUAUUUAUUCCUUUGUGUGACAAGCUAGAGUCCUUGGCUAUAGCUAACCAUUUUUAUUGUGUAAAUACUGCUUGAUUUUACAUGAACUGUAUCAUAAUAAACUAUUUUUGCAUUGCC